CGCGCUGCAGCCCCCAGAACCGCGUUUCGCACCCGUUUUACCUCCCAACGCCCACUUCUUUGCGCGACCGAAUUCCCGUCCGUCUCCGAAACACCCCUCCCGUGGUCCGCCACGCCUUGAUCCGCGCAUUUUGUUCGCUUCGCUCGCCGCCAUCUGCCUCGAUCGCCUCUCUUUGUCUCCACGACGGCCGCCGACAUAACCGUGAGACAAAGGAACUAUGGCCGGUGGGCCGAGUCCGACGAACACGAGUCCUUCCACCCUCUCUAGCGGCCCUUUUGCCAACGCCAAGUUCACCUCUACUGCCUCCUCGCCCCCGAAGCCGUCCUUCGCCCCUCAGAACUCCAUGGCUGCUGAAGUCUUCCCGACCUCGCAUGCCUCGCAUGCCUUCAGCACCUUGCAAGCGCCCAUCGGGGAUCGCCGUCCACUGGAAAAGACCAACAUGUCUCGCUUCGCGCUCAGCGACAAGGAGCCCAAUGUCGAGACAAAAUCCCCCCUCCCUACCAUUCUGCUGCGAAAGCUGCCCAAAGGAAGCGACCUCGAAACCGUAAAGGAUAUUUUUCUCCUGGCCCAGGACUAUCAUGAUUGCGAGCUGGUCACUUCGCCCUACCCAGAGGACAAGGGUUUCGUGUCUGCCCUCGUACGCUUCACCACUUUGAAAGGUGCCGAAUCCGCACGGGACAAACUGAACGGCAAGUGGAACGCAGCAAAGGACGCCACCAUCAUCGUUGAACUGGUUCCCGAGCUCGGCGCCAUCGGCUCGAGGCGAAAUACGGCUGACAGCGCGCAAGCAAGGCAAGGGUCGAUAUCCGCAGGUGGCAUCGCAGGUACCCUAACGAACGGCCGUCAAUCACGAUACAACGGUACCUUUCAACAUCUCGAGAAGAUGUCUCCGCCGAACGCCACCCCAGCCCUCGGGAACGGCGAUUUCUCCGGCCAGAACGUCUUCUCCUCACCAACAUCGCCCAUGAAGGCAACCUUCGCCAAUCGCAACUUGGGCAAAUCGCUGAUCAACAAUGAUGCGGCGGACGAUGAAGAUGUCCUAUUGAACGAAACAAUCGGAUAUGCCACUGGCAGCCCCGCCGUCCAGAACAUCCCCCGGAGAACCACCAACCCCUCCGUUCCCGUCUCCCAGUUCAAUGCGCUGUCGCUGAAGACCAAUCUCAAUGGAAUGGGAUCGCCACCCCUUACGAGCUUUUCCUCCCCUCGCUCUGGUGCCCCCAUCCAGUCCGUUCAGUCGCCAGCAUCGGCCAUGUCUGCCAUGUCUUCCAUGUCUGCCAUGUCGCCGAACCCCAUGUCUGCGAACAUGAAUGGUCAUCCGGGCACCCCUUACGCACCCAUGCCUCCGUAUGCGCGGAUGAACUAUCCUCCGGCCAAUCCUGCGGACCAUAACCCGCCCUGCAACACGCUCUAUGUUGGGAACCUGCCCAUGGAGACCUCCGAGGAUGAGCUCAAAGCCGUCUUCUCCAAGGUGCGUGGGUACAAGAGGCUGUGUUUCCGCACAAAACAACAGGGCCCAAUGUGCUUUGUCGAGUUCGAGGACAUCACCAGUGCCACCAAGGCCCUGUUUAACCUAUAUGGCUACAUGUUGAGCAACAGUGUAAAAGGAGGCAUUCGGUUGAGUUUCUCCAAGAAUCCCUUGGGUGUUCGCAGCAAUCAUCUUGCCAAUGUGGUACCACCAUCUGCUACUCCGCCCACGAAUACGAUGCAUGGCCUGGGCAAUAAUGUGCCGGUACCCCCAGGCUUUUCGGCAGCCACGGGCCCACCCCCGGGCCUCUCGACACCACCAGGCUUAACUCCCGGCUACUCCAACGGCUCUUCGGGUUUCGGCAUGUAUUCAAACGGUGCAAUGGGCAUGGGACCGAACGAUAUGGCGGGUCCGACUCGUACGCAGCCCAUGUCCGGAGCACACUUCUCCGCGAGCACGUUUGGCGGUCUGAACAGCAACUAUGCAUACCAAAGUCGCUAACAUCGCUGCACAGCAUGGUCAUGUGCAUCGAGAGUGGUGGGCUAUGGGUCGAUUGUGUUGCCAUGUUGUUCGCUUUUUGCAUUUAAUCAGUCACUUCUGUCAUUGCGUGGUGUUCCAUUUGGUUUUGGGUAGGGUUCAUUCCUCACACUAUCAAGAGCAUGGGUAUCGGUGGGAACUCUCUUCAGGGCCGAUUUCUCCGUUGAAGUCGGCAUCCUUUCAUGCUUACCGCGACUUUUCGUCUUUGUGAUUCCCCCUUUGUGCGUUGCUUCGUUCACAUGUUUUUGCGCAGAGC